AUGUCGGGUUUCCCAGUCACGGAUGGCAUCACAACCUUUCUCGACCCGGCAGGCCACGACGUCGACUUUGAGAACCCCGAAAGCCAGAACAAGUACGAUCACUUUGCGAUCACGGCUGUGCUGGGGUCACUCGCCCUGUUCUGCCUCUGCCAACGAUUGUACACGAAACACUUCAUUUUGACUGGCCUCCAAAUCGACGAUGGGUCUAUUUCCAUCGGGGGUCUCUGUCACCAUGCGUGGGAAAUGCCAAUUGAAGUAUUCGAAAAGCACAUGCUAAGCUCGUACAUUGUCGCUCCCAUCUUCAUCACCUGCAACGGACUCAGCAAGGCAUCCCUACUCAUGUUCUACCUUCAGAUAUCGCCCCAGAAGUACUUCAGGAUCACCAUCUGGGUAGCCAUCGGUAUGGUUGCGACGUACACCAUCGUCAUUGCCGGCCUGCUGCUAUUCGCCUGCCGACCGAUUCGCGCAGCGUGGGAUCCAUAUCUCAUGGCUGGUGGGGACUGUCUUGACACGGCGGCGCUUUACAUCGCCAUUGCAGUUGUCAACAUUGUGUCAGAUGUAGUCCUGUUUAUCAUUCCAAUUCCCACGCUUUGGGGGUUGAAAAUGCCUGUGGCGCAGAAGAUUGGAGCUGCUGCCAUGUUUGGUAUUGGUUCCAUCACCGUUGCGACGUCUAUUGUCCGCAUGGUCUAUUUGCCUUCGCUUUUAGGAGCUAUGGACAUCCCCUGGGUCGCUGCCCCAGCCAACGUGUGGUCAUUUGUCGAAGUCAACCUUUUUAUCAUCUGCGGUUCGAUGCCCACGCUCCGAAAAUUCCUGAAGCGAUUCAUACCCAAGCUCUUCGACUCGCUGGGUUCGAGGCCGUCCCAGGCAACUCCCUACCUCGUGUCCGGCAGGAAGCUCAGUCGCGGGCAUCGAACGGGAUAUAGUCAAUUCGGCGGUUAUGCGAUGGAAGACAUGCCAGAUGGUCGAGGCAAAUUCAAGGAAAACACUGAAUCUGCAACAGCCAGCAUCAGUCAGGCCACUGGAAAGAACGAGUCAACAGCGACUGUUGUCGAGAAAGACAACGUUAGCGAGGAAGCGAUAUUGAAAGGCUGA